GAGAGCAGUCCAUCGUCGUUGCAGAUGGCGUCGUAUUAAGUGUCGUCGGUGAGAGCUUAUUUAUAACCGUUAGGCUAACACGUGGUGUCUUUCGAAAAUACUCGAGUAUCUUCGCCGAGGAUCUGAGCCGAGUUCCCUUCCUCUAUCGCCGCCAGUACUGCUGCUAUCCUGCACGCACGCCGGUUGUUAGUGUUCUAUCGUGCGCAGUCGACUGCCUCAAUAGAGCUUGAUCGCGUCGUUUCUUUGUGGUGAUCGUACACAUACUGUUCGACGCGAGAUCGUUGCGUGUGUGGUCGGUGCACGGUAAACUUACACGGGACAGAAGCAGCGCCGUAUAUGUUAUACGCCUAGGGCUGAAAUUGCGAGCGAAAACUACCGCAUACAGAGGUGCGCGUGUGGACGGUGAGUGGAGCAAUUGAAGCCAACAGGACGUGAGAAAGAGAACGGGUUCGGCACACGCGCUGCGGAUAUGGAGUCGUCUGCAAGCUCCGCACAACCAGCCGAAACACGCCGUAGAUCGUCUGCGGUCAUACACAGCCCGCGCUCCGUCAUGGACGCCGAGGGAAAUGUCAGCUACUAUCCUCUCUGCUGUUCUCAGCGCAUGAUCCUCGCAGUCGUCGGUUUCUUCGGAUUUCUCAACCUGUAUGCUCUGCGCAUCAACCUCAGCGUGGGUCUCGUCUGCAUGGUUAACUACACGGCCAUCGACAUGGCCUCACACUCCGAGAACCUGUCAGCGCUUUAUGUGCCAAUCGACGAUGGCGAAUGUGCCAAUGGAGAAACAGACGACAAAGGAGAGUCAGAGGAUGGCGCGUUCCUGUGGGACAAGCAACAGCAAGGCUUGAUUCUGGGUUCGUUCUUCUGGGGCUACCUGGUGACGCAGAUUCCCGGCGGCUGGAUCUCUGAGCGCUACGGAGGGAAGCGAGUGUUCGGUUACGCCAUGCUACUGACGGCCAUUGCCACGUUGCUCACACCUCUCGGUGCCCGUAAGCAUUGGAUGUUGCUGGUAUUCCUGCGCAUCGUCCAAGGUCUGGGUGAGGGUGUUGUGUUUCCAUCCAUGCAUGCAGUUUGGUCGCACUGGGCACCACCGCUAGAGAGGAGUAAACUUGUGGGCUUCACUUAUGCCGGUUGCCAGAUUGGUAAUGUCAUCACCCUGCCGCUUGCUGCAUUACUGUGUGACUACGGCUUUGACGGAGGCUGGCCUUCGAUCUUCUACGUACUUGGGCUUUUUGGUGUGGUCUGGUGUGUAGUUUGGCUGCUCGUCGCAGCGGACACGCCUCACUCUAGUCGCUGGAUCUCCCACGACGAACGCCACUACAUAGAACACAGCCUGGCCGGCCAGAUGUCGUACGAAAUCAAGGAUCAAAGCACUCCUUGGCUAACAAUAUGGACGUCAAAGAGAGUGUGGGCCAUCGUUGUUGCUCACACCUGUGCGAACUGGGGCACCUACACAUUGCUCACCAACAUCCCCACGUACAUGAAGGAAGUGCUCAAGUUUAACAUCAAAGCCAAUGGCGUUUUCUCGGCCAUCCCUUAUAUUGGUUUCUGGGUGGGAAUCAACGUUGCUGGCUUUGGUGCUGACGCGUUGAGAGCGAAAGGCUGGAGCACAACAAUUGUGCGAAAGCUAUUCCAUUCAUCAUCUAUGGUCGGGGCAAGUGUAUUCCUGAUAGUGACAGGCUACCUGGAUUGUACGCGGCCGUAUUUGGCUGUGGCGAUUCUCACCGUGGCUGUCACCUUUUCUGCUCUUCAGUAUGGAGGCUUCAUUGUCAAUCAUGUUGACAUUGCCCCCAAGUACGCCGGAGUGUUGUUUGGCAUCUCGAACACGUUCGCUACACUCUCUGGAAUCUUUGCUCCAUACGUGGUCGGUCAAAUCACCACAGAUGGAACACAGCAACAGUGGCAGACGGUGUUCUACAUCACUGCCGCCAUCAUGGUAGGCGGCGCCAUCUUCUAUCUCAUAUUUGGCACAGGAGAGCUGCAAAGUUGGGCCACAGAGCUCGAUGAAGCCGAGUCAAUAGCUGACUUCGUCGACGAAGAUAAGGUGGAACACAAGGAGAUGACAAAGACCAGCAAGCCUGCUGCUGAAAACACCGUUUCAACUAAGAUGUAGCCAAUGACUUUUUCACAGUAUAUAUUCUCUCGUCAAACUCGCGUGUUAUCAACGUUGAAACAUAUCUAGAUUGGAACAUGACAUCAUAAUUUUUUCCCCAUACUCGUAGACGGGCAGAGACAAGAAUAUUGUCAUCGCCCUACAUCGUGCGAAUGCCAACACAGGCAUCUGACACGUUAACACUUCUGACACGUUUACAUGAGUUUGUAGAAUGAUAUCAUAUGCAUGCAUCUGAUCGGUGUAUUCGUCGUAAUGCGUUGUAAACAUGUAAAACUAAAGUGUAGAGCUAAGUUUUGUUUCCGUGUUUGUUACUACCUAAGAAAGAAAGAAAGAA